UAAGAGGAGAGACGUAGGAAGACACAAUUGUAGUGCACAGCUGUGGGUUCGCUGACCUUCUCAGAAUUCUCCCAACUCAGACAAAAUGACCCACUUUGCCUAACAAUGAUAACAGUCCCAUCUCUGCAUCUGGACAUGGAGGACCCUCCCCAUUCCAAACACACACUCAGCAAAAGCUGUAGCUCAGAACGCAGCCCCACUGUGGGUGUCCCAUGUUGUAUUUUUACAGCCUUGAUCUAGUUAUUUACUCGAGGCUGGGAAAGGAACUUAUUAAACCCAAGGUUCAACCUAAAAAAUAUACAAGUGAAUUAUAAGGUUAUGUGACAGAUCACUGUCCAGUGUGUCGAGGUAAACAUUUAUGAUGUCUUUAGCAGUAAUUACUCACACACUCCCCCUUAAUCCCCUGUAAUUCAAACCUUCAGUAACCUACUCCUAAUCCUCACUUUGGCAGUAGCAGGGAUGUAAUUGCAACUCAGCCUCUUCUCAGGUGUGUUUAAGUGUGUGUGUGAGACACUUUCCAGCUGCAUACACCCAUCAGAAAGAAAAAAAAAAUUCUCGUAUGGGCAUAUAUUUUCCAAAUUCUCUGUGAAAUGUAGUUUGGAUAAAUAUAACUGGAAAAGACUAAGCAAUAGUUAGUCUUAGAAAUAUUUAGGGACACUUUGAAAGGGACUACGUAGUAAUUGACAGUUUUUGAUGAUGUUGAUAUUCAUCAGGGUAAAGUGUAGGCUCUCCGUAAUUCUCCAUUUCAUAUGACAAACCGCUAUUUUUGCACGUUUCAUACUGCUUUUAAACAUUACCACACUUCCUGAUGUGUCAAGUUGGAUGGCCAAGCCAUCACCGGAAGUAGCUUCAUGAAGGUAAUCAUUAUCUAAUCUCCUUUUGCUUAUCGGAGAAAUGUGAGCUACAACUUUGUUAAAUUAUGAGGAUACAUCUCAUUUUAAAUUAUGAGAGUUUAAAAACGACAAUCUUUAGGGUUUUUGCUGACCUUUACUUUGAAAGUGUAGCGGACGCACAUCCGUGUUUGACACAGACACGGAUGUCUGUUUUAUGGUCGGCUGCUCGGUUGGAAGGCGGGGUUCACAGUAGGAUAAAUUCUUGUUUGGAACUGCGGUGGAGUCACUAGUAGGUGUAACUUUCUCCAGAGUAAGAUCUCUCUUCGUGGACUUUGGGGGUUAACUACUUGAGUUGUCGUUUGAACGGCAGCGAAAAAGCGGACUAAUACCAGCUGCAAUUUCACCUGCGGGACAAGUCUAAUCGAAGCCCCUCGGGUUAGGUGUUGCAAGUAUCAAAAUGAAGCACAUGUCCUUAUUGUGCCUCUGUGCAUUGGUGGCCUUGUGCAGCCAUAAGGGGGUGCUAUCCCAAGCACCAUCUUAUGGUGAAAGGGGCUCUGAUCUCGGCAUCCAGGUGUUUCAGCAAGUAGUUCAUGCCAAGCCCCUGGAAAAUGUGGUGCUCUCGCCUCAUGGGGUGGCUUCAAUCCUUGGCAUGCUGUUAUCUGGAGCCCACGGGGACACGAGGAAGCAAAUCCUUAAUGCUCUCCGUUACAAGAAAAAUGGUCCUUACAAGAUGUUGAAGAAGCUGCAUAAGAACUUGACGGGCAAAGCCAACCAGGACAUCGUGCUGAUCGCAAAUGCUAUGUUCAGCCAGAAGGAUUUCCCCAUGCAGGAGGCUUUUGUGACUUCCAACAAAGAGAACUUCCAGUGUCAGAGCAGGAGCCUGGACUUCAGCAGCCCUGAUGCAGCAGCCGAUGAAAUUAAUGAGUGGGUCAACAAUAAAACCAAAGGUCACAUCCCCAGCUUGAUCAAAGCAGACAUGCUGGAUCCUGCUCUGACCCGUCUGGUCGUUGUCAACUCCAUCUACUUCAAAGGCUUGUGGAAGUCUCGCUUCCAGCCUGAGAACACCAAGAUGAGGACCUUCACCCGGGGCGAUGGAAUCGAUAUUAAAGUUCCAAUGAUGUCGCAGCUAUCAAUCUUUAACAUAGGCCUAGCCUCCACACCCCAGGGGCUCAAAUACAAGGUAAUUGAGCUUCCUUAUCAUGGCAACACCAUCAGCAUGCUAAUCGUUCUCCCGUCUGAAGAGGACACCCCUCUGUCUCGUGUCAUUCCCCACAUCAGCACAGCCACAGUGCAGAGCUGGACCAAACUGAUGCACAUGAGGAAAGUCCGCCUGCUCAUCCCAAAGUUUACGGCUGAUGCAGAGGUGGAUUUGAAGGAUCCACUUUCAGCUCUGGGAAUCACGAACAUUUUCAGUGAGGGCAAAGCUGACUUCAGACACCUCAGUUCGGAGCCUGUGUAUGUAUCCAAGGCACUCCAGAAAGCCAAAAUAAUCGUGAAUGAAGAUGGAACAAAAGCAGCAGCAGCCACUACUGCUAUUUUGUUGGCCCGUUCCUCCCCACCCUGGGUUACAGUUGACAGACCUUUUGCGUUCCUCAUCAGACAUAACCCGACAGGUACCGUCCUCUUCAUGGGCCAGAUCAACGAGCCUUGAGCCCAGCCCCAUCAUCAACCAUAGCAUCAUUUAUCACAACAGGAUAUGCUUAUACACUGCCAUGUAUCAGAAUACAAAGUAAACAUAAACACACCCCUACAUAUACAGAGCACACUUUGCUGAACAUGUUUGUACAAUGUGGAUAUAUGAUGUGAUUUGUUUUAAAUGUUGCUUUUUAUGUUACUUAUUUUCUGUAUUGCAUAACAUGCUGUAUAAAAUGUAUUUUGCUGACUAAAUUUUCCAGUUUUAAUUUUUUUGUAUCCUUUUUUUGAAUUAAUGACAUUUUUAAAAGACUUUGAAUGUCAGUUGUGUAUUUUCUCUUCUCUGGAGUAGGAUAAUCAGUUUAUUUAUCAUGUCAGUGUUUCCGUUUCGUGUUGUAACUCCAGUCUGUAUUACGUUUCACUCGUAAGUUACGGCAAUAUUCAUGCCGUUGCAACGAUUUUGCAUUUGAAAUUAUUCUUUCCCUCAGAGAGAAAGUCUUCUUCAAACUUUUGGGGUGAGGUGAAGGAAUAAAUACACAUUUAUAACAUGA